GCGCGCACGCGCGAGCCCGGGAGGAGGCUCCCGAGCGAGUCGGUCCUGGCGGCGCAGCCCGCUCCCCCGCGCCCUAUGUGAGGGACUCGGGGAGGCCAGCGGCGCGCAGGGGAGGGCGAGGCAUGUGCACGGGCCGGGGGGUGCUGCAGCCGCCCGAGGAAGAGGAGGACGGCGGCGGCGGCGGCGAGGAGGAGAGCGGGGGACUCGCGGCGGCGGGCCCGGGCCGCGGGGAUGCAGCGGACUGUGUGUGUCUGGCUGUAGCUGACGCGAGGCGGCGAGGAGGCGCCGGAGACCCGCGAGAGGGGCGACCGGGAGGCGGCGGCGGUCGGGAGAAGUAGCAGGACGGGCGGCGGCGGCGGCGGCGGCGGAGACAGCAGCCCUGAGAUGCAUUUUCUUCUCCAGCGGCCAUGUUAACCAGGAAACCUUCGGCCGCCGCUCCCGCCGCCUACCCGACCGGCCGAGGAGGGGACAGCGCCGUUCGUCAGCUUCAGGCUUCCCCGGGGCUCGGUGCGGGGGCUCCCCGGAGCGGAGUGGGGACCGGCCCGCCCUCCCCGAUCGGCCUGCCGCCUCUCCGGGCCAGCAACGCUGCCGCCGCAGCCCACACGAUUGGCGGCAGUAAGCACACAAUGAAUGAUCACUUACACGUCGGCAGCCACGGCCACGGACAGAUCCAGGUUCAGCAGCUGUUCGAGGAUAACAGUAACAAGCGGACAGUGCUCACGACACAACCCAAUGGGCUCACCACGGUGGGGAAGGCGGGCUUGCCGGUGGUGCCCGAGCGGCAGCUGGAGAGCAUCCACAGACGGCAGGGCAGCUCCACGUCUCUGAAAUCUAUGGAAGGCCUGGGGAAGGCGAAAGCCACCCCCCUGACCCCUGAACAAGCAAUGAAGCAAUACGUGCAAAAACUAACCACCUUCGAGCACCAUGAGAUUUUCAGCUACCCCGAAAUCUAUUUCUUGGGUCCAAAUGCAAAGAAGCGCCAGGGCAUGACGGGCGGGCCCAACAACGGGGGCUAUGACGAUGACCAGGGAUCCUACGUGCAGGUGCCCCACGAUCACGUGGCUUACAGGUACGAGGUCCUCAAGGUCAUCGGGAAGGGAAGCUUCGGGCAGGUGGUCAAGGCCUAUGACCACAAAGUCCACCAGCACGUGGCCCUGAAGAUGGUGCGGAAUGAGAAGCGGUUCCACCGGCAGGCGGCGGAGGAGAUCCGAAUCCUGGAGCACCUGCGGAAGCAGGACAAGGACAACACCAUGAACGUCAUCCACAUGCUGGAGAACUUCACCUUUCGGAAUCACAUCUGCAUGACGUUCGAGCUGCUGAGCAUGAACCUGUACGAGCUCAUCAAGAAGAAUAAGUUCCAGGGCUUCAGCCUGCCUUUGGUUCGCAAGUUUGCCCACUCGAUUCUGCAGUGCUUGGAUGCUUUGCACAAGAACAGAAUCAUUCACUGUGACCUUAAGCCCGAGAACAUUCUAUUAAAGCAGCAGGGUAGAAGCGGUAUUAAAGUGAUCGAUUUCGGCUCCAGUUGUUACGAGCAUCAGCGUGUGUACACAUACAUUCAGUCCCGUUUUUACCGGGCUCCGGAAGUGAUCCUUGGCGCCAGAUACGGCAUGCCCAUCGACAUGUGGAGCCUGGGUUGCAUUUUAGCAGAGCUCCUGACUGGUUACCCCCUCUUGCCUGGGGAAGAUGAAGGGGACCAGCUGGCUUGUAUGAUUGAACUCUUGGGCAUGCCCUCUCAGAAACUGCUGGAUGCAUCCAAACGAGCCAAAAAUUUUGUGAGCUCCAAGGGUUAUCCCCGUUACUGCACUGUCACGACUCUGUCAGACGGCUCUGUGGUUCUCAACGGAGGCCGUUCCCGGCGGGGGAAACUGAGGGGCCCACCCGAGAGCAGGGAGUGGGGGAAUGCACUGAAGGGAUGUGACGAUCCCCUUUUCCUUGACUUCUUAAAACAGUGUUUAGAAUGGGAUCCUGCGGUUCGCAUGACCCCUGGCCAGGCUUUACGGCAUCCCUGGCUGAGGAGGCGGCUGCCAAAGCCUCCAACGGGGGAGAAGACAUCCGUGAAGAGGAUAACCGAGAGCACUGGUGCUAUCACAUCCAUCUCCAAGUUACCUCCACCUUCCAGCUCAGCUUCCAAACUGAGGACUAAUUUGGCACAGAUGACAGAUGCCAAUGGGAAUAUUCAGCAGAGGACAGUGUUGCCAAAACUCGUUAGCUGAGCUGAGUCCCCUGAUGCUGGUAAUCUGAAAGAUGCGACAUUGCUGAGCCUUACCGGGUUGAAAAGGAGUAGCUCAGACCUGUUUUUAUUUGCUCAAUAACUCAACUCAUUUGUAUCUUUUCAGCACUUAUUUUAAUGUAAGAAAGUUGUUCAUUUUGUUUUUAUAAAAUACAUGGGGACAAUGCUUUAAGUUUUUAUACUUCCUGAAACUGUUUUUGUGUUCUAAAAGUAUGAUGAGCCUUACUGUUAUCUAGUGUGGCAGAGUAAUAAACAUCAGUGGCAGGCCAUUGAUUACUUCGUGACUGCUGCGCAUUUACAGAUUGGUGUCAAAGACAUUCACUGUUUCUGUGGUUCAUAGUAGAUUCUCCCCGAGGUGACUGCCCCCGCAGGGCCCCCUCCUCCCUCCAUGCUCCAGGUUCACGCACAGGUGUAGCAGGUCCUGCCUCCAUUUCCCAUAAGUCAUGUGGGCGGUAGUGAGGGUGGGAGAAGGGUCAGGACGACAAUGAUACUCUAAGAAGAACUGCACCUUAAGAGAUUUUUUUUUCCCUUAAACCAGUGGUCAAACAGACACGACCUUCCCAAGGUUUUAAAUGCCCACUUGGCAUUCUGACUUUCUAAAAGCUGCCCAAGCACACCUGGUGGAUAAAUGGAAACGUGUGUGUUCCUUCAAAUUCUCUAAUAUGAUCAGCAAGCUGUUUUGUAAAGAAGCCUCAGAUCAUGGACUUGGUUUUGCACCUAAAUAUAGAAAUGUAUUCCAUGAACUGUUCCUCCUCUUUGCUUUCCUCCUCUCUGUUCCUCUUUUACCACACAUCUGUUGCUUGCAUUCAGGUUUUUUUUUUUUUCCCUUCCUUCAAAUAUAUAUCCCAGACUGUUAAUACAGAAGAGAGACAUUUCAGCUGUGAUUAUGACCAUUGUUUCAUAUCCCAGUUUAAAAAAAGAACAGCAGCCUAGCUACUUAAGGUGGGGAUUUCCAUAGUUCCAGAGAAGGUUUAGCAAAUUAGAGUGACUUCACACUUUUCAGGUGCCACUGUAAGGUUCUCUUAGCCUGGGAAAGCAUCAACUCUUUCUUUAAAAAGAAAGAAGGUUGAAAACCCUCUUGCUGAACAGAAGGCAUUGUGACUGUUCAAUGAGUCCGAUUUUAACAACAAAUUUAAAGGAGGAGAAGCUCAAUCUCCAGUUAAAUGGUUUGACUUAUUUGCAUCAUUAGAAAAAUCACAAAUUGCAUUCCUCUGUCUUCCUUUUGGAUUGCACUGAUUGUUUUUGUGGGAAUGACACUUUACCUGGGAAAGUAACUGAGAGUUAGGUAAAAGAAUAUUUUCGUCUCCGAAUAAUAAUUAUUUUCAAAGUGAAAAAUUCAGUAUUUUAUCACUAAUGUAUGAGCAGUGGUAUUUAUCAAUUUCAAGGCACGUGGAAGAAAUUUUUUAGUAUGUGCAAUUUAAUAUAGAAUGAUUUUUGCCUGUUUGGGUAAUGGGUUUUGGGUAGUAUAAAUUAGGAUAAAUACUCUUUUAUAUGCACAGAUAUUAUUGUAUUGCCUGUAAAUUGAUUUACAAGUACUUAAAGCAUGGUCCCCGGCGAGGCCAAGAAAGUUUCGGUUAAGUUCUUUAAAUAUUAGUCCUACAGUUUCUCUUACUUAGAAAGGAAAAAAAAGAAAAAAAUUAGUUUUUGGAACAAAACACUUACCUUGAGGCUUUGUCAGUUGUUGGUGGAGAAAAACGCUCAGGAAAUAUUACAGAUAUUUGCCAAAAAAACGCAGUAAUACGUUUAGCUUAUUAAUAAGAUAGUGAUGUUGUUAUUUGCUUUACUGUUUAAGGGUGUCAUUGAUAAUUUAAUUUGUACUUCUGUAUUUAGAAAUGAGAGCUUCUUUCCCCUAGUCAAAUUCUUUAGCAUAUCGUAUACAUUUCUGUGUCAUCUGUGGAAGUGCAAUAAUAUGGUCGUAAGUUGCUUUUUAAAGGAUGCUCAUAUGUGACAAUACCCCCAAUCAGUGGCUUAUAGAAUUUAAAGAUUGUGUAUUUAUUAUUGAAAUUCUGGCUUAAAGGCAUAACACGUGUAAGACUUGGUAUGGUGGGCUUUGUAAAACCAUAAGCCUCUGAAUGAUGGUUCGCUUCUUGAGGUCAGUAAAAUAAAAACAUAAAGGCUGUUUUUCCCUUGCAAGACUCCUCUUCCAUACCCAUCCUCAUCUUCACAUUUAGGUUUACAUGAACCUGAGCCUGCCAUUAAUAGAAGAAACAUCCCUUUAAAAUACAUGUGAAAAUUUGUAGAUGGACUAAUACUGCUUGUCUUUACCCCACCACAUAAAACUGGUUCUUAAGAUGCCAAUAGUGCAUUUGUGACUAUAUUCACAAAUGUAACCGGAAACUUUUAAGCCAAACUAUAAGUGCAGCACUAUGCACCCCCACACCCCAAAUACAGUGAAAUUUACUUCAUUCACAAGAGCCACCAUGUUCAGUGUUUAGUGACAGGGCUGCUUUGAAAAAAAUUCUAGCUUAAUUACGAUGUCCAAAAAAGAAAAAAAAAAAUGUUGUAUCUCUGUGAUCUUAAAUGAAGGGCUCUAAUAGGCUACUAGGAGUUGGCUUGGAAACAGUCCUUGGUCUCACAGGUUACCAUUGUCUAGGGAUGUCUGAGCUGUUUUCAGAUUUCAGACUAGCACGGUGUCUUGUCUUUGGUUGCAGUCUCAUCUCCGUUCCUCGUCCCUCCACAGUGCGCAUGACCACAUCAGGGCGUUGUACGACAGUGGAACAGCACAGUGAUGCUGGACAGUGUAGAUCAACCGUAGAGGAGAAGUUGUGCCCUUAGUGUUAACAAUGUGCCUUUUGUUCCGAAUGCCAUGUUGUAGGGCAUGCAUUUUUUGGCCUCUUUAACUCUUUUGAAUACCAGGUGGUGAGGAUGGAACCCACCUCUGCAGAGAUAUAUCUGUCUUAAAUAUCUAGUUACUUACAGGCCUUAAUAGAAACCAUAAGGCGUGACUCAUCAUCAGGCAGUGAGAAAGGUAACCACCGGUUAGUUACACGGGAAAUGCCUAUGUUUAAGGGGUUAAAGAUGGUCUUUGUUGUAUCUUUUAACAUCAGACUGAUUUUUUAAAUGAUAUUUUUUUGUUAUGCUAACACUAGACAAAAAUCAACUGUAUUUGUAAAAAUUUACCUCAAACCAUUUAAUUUUAUAGUGUGAUUAAUCCCAGGGCAUUUGGUAUGAACCAAAGUGCAUUCCUUUUCUAUGUGCCUGGCUCUAGUACGGAUGGCCAGGGAUUUUUACAAUUUGGGUGCAAGGCACUUAAGCCACUUUUAAACUUAAUGCGUGGUUGGGAGUCGUGUUCAAGGACUCCAUCAGGAGGUUAGGCAACACUUCAGGCAUCAGUAGCAUUGGGCCAUAUUGGAAUCUUAAAGGUGUGAAUUAUUUUAAAGAGAGCAUUCAUUUUUGUAAUUUUUUUCAUCAAGAAUAUUUCUGGUAAGCAGAAGACUUUAAAAAAAAAAAACUGAUUUGGUUGGUAAAGGUUUUAAUAUCGCCCAACAUAAUGCUGUGGUAGCAUUUAAAAAAAAAAAAAGUAUUUGUCAACUCUAUUUCUUAGGGGCUUGUACAUCUCUCUGCUAUGGACAUAUAUAAAAUUAAUUGUAAUUAUACUCAGCUCAACUGCUACAGUUAUGUCUAGGCAGUGGCUUGGGUUUUUAUCGAGCAACAACUUAGACACGUGACUGUAAUAUGCUGCAACUGUGUGUACUGAAAAUAUGUGAAAAUGGUUGAAUGUGGACUGUGUAUAUAUGUAUGUAAACAUUUCUGUGAGAUGCUGCUGUCGCCACUUAACAUGAAAUAUGUUCUGGUGGAUUUUAAUCCUAGUGGCCAGUUCUAUGAUACUGUAUGUAUUGUACAGCUGAAGACAGGAGUAAGACUGUUCAGUGAAUAUUUGUUACAUUUUAUUGUCGUGGCCAGAGAUAAUUUCAGAAUAAAAAUUUAAUGUCCUA